GUGAGUUUAAAUCAUUCACUGUUUUAAUCUUAAAUAACUAGAAUGAAUGCAACGAUUAUUUAAUUUAAUUUAAUUCAAAAAUGGGUUUCUUUCCAAAGUUAUGUAGUGUAAAAAGUGAUCGCGGAAAAAAAGAAGUGGAUAUAGGAUCAAUAACCGAUAAUUUUUCGCAAUAUUAGCCCAAUUAAAGGAUUAAAUUAUUGGAGAGUAUGAUGAAUAAUUUUAUUAACAAUAUUUUUAACAACCUUUACUACUACUUAAAAGGUCAAGUUUAGUUUAUCAAGUAAGCGAAAUUAAAAUAUUUUAAGUUGUUAAAGUCAUUAGUACCUAAUCUCAUAUUAUCAAUAUUAGAAAUUUAGCUAGAAAAUAUGUAUUUUAUUCCAGUUUCUUUUUUAAUUACAUAGAAAUAAAAUAUGUUACUGGUUUGUGAUUUACAUAAUGUAUCGUCCCUUAGUUCAACACAAUCGACUAGGUAUAUCUGUUUAUGAAGGUCCACUAAUAGGAGUUCGCCAUGUUCAGGUGUUCCUUUAUUUUCUUCUUUUGACAUACACUUACUGCAUGAGGACGGUACUUUCGGUAGCUAUUGUUGCUAUGAACAAUAAUUCCACCACCACAAACACAGAUAUAGAGACAUUCCAUUGGACAAACCAAAGCAUAGUAUUAUCUGCAUUUUUUUAUGGAUACAUCCUGUUACAAGUACCAGUAGCUCAAUUAGGAAAAAAAUACGGUCCGAAAUGGAUGCUAGUCGUGUGUACUACCGUGGAUUCCACGUCUUUUCUAUUGAUACCGACGAUGGCUAGUUAUUUUGGAUCAAUAGGUGUUAUCGUAUGUAGAGUUUUUCAAGGAUUAGCACAAGGCGGCAUAGCACCGUUGGUGCAUACAUUACUGGGGUGCUGGGCUCCUGCAGCUGAAAGAUCUGUUUUAGGAACCGUAACUUAUGCAGGGGCUAUCUGCGGAAAUAUUUUAUCUUUACCUAUAACAGGAGUAAUUUGUUCGAGUUGGGCUGGAUGGCCAGCAGCAUUUUACCUAUUUGGAGCUCUAGGGCUCAAAUGGGUGAUAUUGUGGAUGAUAUUUGGUUCAAAUAGUCCAAGUGAAUAUAAAACAAUUAGUGAAGAGGAAAAAUCCUAUAUUCAAACUAGUUUAGGACAACGUGAAAAUAAGAAAUAUAAAACCCCAUGGAAAAAAAUAUUAACCUCACCCCCAUUUUGGGCAGUAACACUUGCAUUUGCAGGAGCCAAUUGGGGUAGCUCAGUAUUGUUGACUCAGACGCCCACAUAUUUGAGCAAAGUUCUAAACUAUGAUAUUAGAACGAAUAGUUUGUUCUCUGCAGCUCCUUAUGUAGCAAUGGGUUUGAGUUCAGUAGUUUUUAGCUCAGUCUGUGAUUGGAUAAUAAAUAGAAAUAUAGUGGGCAGAGGAACUGCCAGAAAAAUAUUUAAUAGUAUAGGUAUGCUACUUCCAGCACUUAGUCUCUCCAUUUUGGGUUUUGUCUCAAAAGAACACGCUGGACUCUCAGUAGCACUUCUAAUAUUCAAUGGAGGAAUUACUGCCGGUGGUCUUUGUGGUUUUCAAGUAAACCAUGUAGAUUUAUCUCCAAACCAUUCAGGAAUCUUAAUGGGAAUUACGAAUAGCUCAACGAGUGUAUUUUCGAUAAUUCCACAGCUUCUGGUGCAGUUUAUGGUUACAGGUGACAUGACUGACCAAUCUGAAUGGAGGAUAGUAUUCUUAAUUUCGGCGGGUGUGUACUUCGUGACAGAUAUAUUUUUUAUAAUGUUUGCAUCUGGAGAGGUACAAGAAUGGAACGAAUGUGAAGAAAUUCGAGAAGAUGCAGAAAAUCCUGAAAAGCAGAAAGAAUACACAAAAGAAUAACCUUUUUAUUUUUAGGAAAUGCUCAUUGUAUAUAUUUCAUUUUUGAGUGUCGAUUUUUUUUAGUUAAAAUUUUAUUUAUUGAUCUCUAUUUAUAUAAAAACUAGA